AUGGAAGAAAUUUAUCAAAGGCUAAGCGAGGAGGUGAACUUGUGGCAGGGCUUUAGCAAUUCGGAUGAGACAUCGUUUGAAGUCAUCGAAGCAAGACUUCAACAUACGGGCGGGAACAUCACCACCAGCAGUAGGACGGUUGACCUGAAAGAGUUGGGCAGUUGGCUAGUCGAAGAAGCAGGAGACUAUGAAGAUCCGAAACAGUCUCUGGUUUUGCGCCUAGCUUUAAUAGGCUGCGAUAUCAAAUCCAAGGUCCUAAAGCUAUCGAAACAAGUACUGGAUCCCCUGCUCGAAGAAUUCAAUCUUGAGCUAGCCUACACAUACUCACAGAGUUGCAUCACAAAUGUGUCUGCUAUUCCAUCCAAAGGCUCCCAGACAUAUUCAUUCUGCUAUAUGCCUAAGCUGGUGGCUGUCUGGGCGCAGAAGCACCUCGACACAAGAAGCGCGACUAAUCGACCACAUCUUACACAGGGGCUCAUAUUCGUCGAAGAGUCUAACAAGGGAUUCCUCUCUGACAAUCUCUGCUCAUCUUGGAAUGCCUUGCUUUAUCAUAGCCCCAUGUUUCCGGCCUUUUUAUUUAGCAUGAUCCUCAGCGUGCAGAUUCAUUAUGAUGAGGGGAGGAUCAAGUUGAAGUUACGCGAUAUUGAAGAGCGGACAGGCCAGGAUAGAAUGGUUGAUCGAAAGCACGAGGAAAAUACGACAGCUACAUAUAUCAAACUGGCUGCCCAGCUGGACCGACAUGCGGUAAAGCUUGCCAGCGUGGGAAGGAAGAGUAAAAUGGCAGAAAAGACGCUGGCUUUCAUCUUGAAGAAUACACCGGAAACGCGGGCUUUCGAUCCGUCGACUAAGACAGCUGCAUCAGACCAGUCCUACCAACUACUGAGAAACCAUGUGUCUCUCUUGCAAGAUAGACUAUCAAUGCAAGCUGUCGACAUAGAAUUCACUCUGAAACGUGUCCAUCUCCAGACCAACAUUCUCACAGGUAUCAUCUCCAGAGACGAUAUCAAAGCGAACCUCGACCUUGCAGAAUCCCAGCAUCGCGACUCUUUGUCGAUGAAAACACUAGCCAUCGUCACCAUGGUCUUCCUCCCUGGAAGCUUCAUCUCCGCAUUGUUCUCAACGUCCAUGUUUGACUGGAACAGCGUCGACCCCAAGUCAAACAGCAUUGGGGUGCGAACAAUGCCCCAAUUCAGUCUGUACUGGGCCAUCACCAUCCCUCUCACUUUGAUUACCUUUUUGCUUUACUUUUUCUGGCUGCGAGUGAUGAAGCAGCAGCGAGACCGCAAGAAGCAG